CUGCGGGAUCACGCGUACACGCGUCGCCGAGCCCAGAUCAAGCCCAAGCAAGGAUAUGGCCAAGAGGGUGAAGAACACAUCAAUGACUCUGAAGGACUUCUACGACAAAGCCCCAGGACAGGCACCUUUUGAGAACCGUCUGCCGAGCAAGCCUGGAAUGACAAAGAAUGGGAAGCCUGAUGUCCAGGACGCGCUGGCCAAAGAUGCGCGAGAGGAGGACAGCUUUCACUAUGAUGUCAGGCAGCUGGCACCUCCUACCCCUCCUGAGAAGCCCGCACAGGCUGCGCAGCCAGACUCGCCUGGGCAGAGUUGGCGCCCAUCAGCCACAUACGGAGGUGCGAUACCGGUCAGCACAGAGCGGCCGCGUCUGAACUUGAAGCCGCGAUCAAAGCCGCUGCCCGAGGGCUCCGGCAGUCAGCCUGCGGCGGAAGCAGGUGGGCACAGGCCGCGCCUGCAACUGCAGCCUCGCAGCAAGCCGCUGAGCGACCAGCAAGGGCGCAACUCCAGCAUCUUCGGCGCGACUCGGCUGCGUGAGGACAUCUUGAAGGAGGAGACUGAGUGGCAGACCGUGGGCAGCCGCCGCGGCCGUCAGGGAGACAAUUCUCCUGCCGCUGCCACGUACCUCACCGGGGAAAACCCGCUGCUGUCCCAUGCGGUCCAGACAGCUCCGAGGGCGAUGUAUCUAGAGGGGCCCCACACCGCUUACGGAAGCUCCUACUACCAGCAUGGCGCUCAUGGGAGCAUGUAUGGCGCUGGUCCUUCGUUCUGGGCAGAGCCUGAUAGAAACGAAGAUUCAGACUUCCCUGGUCGCCGCGGGCUGCCCACCAGGCAGGAUGACCUGUUCUGAGAGUCUGAGAGGAGCCACCAGAUGACUUGUGCCAAUGAUUGUAUAGUACCGCUUUUGAGGGACCCUGCAAGCUCUGGGGCCUUUGCUGCCCUGCUACUGCCAGCAUAUGAGACUGUUUUUACCAGGACUGUGGACUGCCCGACAGGGCUUAUGGAUGUUAAUGGGAGCUGACACACUUGCAGCAAGCAUCGUUGUUUGAUAAUUGGCAAGAUCAGAAACCUUGUGCCUCACGUUUUGUUUCAUGUUGUGGCGCCGGAGUUACUGUUUGGAGACAGACGUUCAAGAGCAGAUUUUGACACAGCACCCCUAAGGACAUUACAGCUAUAGGUAACACCUGCCAGCUUUUCAAGGAGCCAUCUCAUUGAAAGAAUGUACAUGAGGGUUUCAGUUUUGCACAUCGUCAGAAGUUCUGCUGGCAAGCGCCCCUUGCAAAAUGUAAAUCGUGCACUUGUGC